UUUCAGACGGUUCACAGUUUUGAAGUUUUAUGAAAGUCACAACGAUUUCUACUUUAUCUGUAGAGUUAUACGCAUUUGUCUGAGAAGUAACGUAUUUAGCCAAUCGCAGACGAAGAUCAUUUUCAAUCAUAACAAAAGAAAUCGAGCUGAGUUGGCAUAACGAUGAUGGCGACGAUUGAUAACCGGCGACAACAAUCGGAAAGAAAAAAGUGGAUUUAUAGAAUAUUAACUGCCGUGUUUCUAUUACUUGUGUUUUUAAAUUUACCGGCUAUAUGCCAAACACGUGGAAAAGAUGAAUCACCCAGUUUUAUAUAUUCUAAAGAAGCCAAUGAAGAAUAUUUGCAAAAUCAGCACUCUGUGAAACAUGAUCACCAUAAACAACAGUCCAAGCAGGAUCAUGUGCAUACGCAUGGACAACAGCAGGAUGAUCAAUAUCAUCAUAAAAAAUCAUCUCUUCCUACUGAUGAACAUAAUAAUAUAACGUUAAAAGCUAUGGGUUCUACUUUGCUCAUUUCUAUAGCUCCUUUUUUUAUAUUACUUUUUGUACCAUUAGACAAUACUAAGGAACGCGAACCAUUAUUAAAAAUACUUUUGAGUUUUGCAUCAGGCGGUCUGCUGGGUGAUGCUUUUCUUCAUCUUAUUCCUCAUGCAUUAGUUCCUCAUUCACAUGAAUCUUCGCAUUCUCAUUCUCAUAAUCAUUCUCAUGAUCACGAACAUGAGGAAUCUGAUCAUAAACAUGAUAUGUCUGUCGGUUUAUGCGUUUUAUUAGGCAUUAUUGUAUUUUUAAUUGUUGAGAAAGCUGUACGUAUGAUAAAAGGUGAUCAUGGACAUUCUCAUACUCUCAAUGUCACUGAAAAAGAAUCUGAUAAAAAAAAAGCUGUUUCUAUGACAAAGAAGACUAAAGACAAGUCACUUGUUAAUAAUAAAUCUACAUCUGUUGAAAAGGAUUUAGAACCUAUGAAUGAUAUAAAAAUUGCAGGCUACCUCAAUUUAGUUGCAGACUUUUUGCAUAAUUUUACUGAUGGCCUAGCUAUAGGGGCCAGUUAUUUAGCAGGAAACACUAUUGGCUAUGUAACAACAUUUACUAUUUUAUUACAUGAAGUACCUCAUGAAAUAGGUGACUUUGCUAUUUUGGUUCAAAGUGGUUGUAGUAAAAAAAAGGCUAUGUUGCUACAGUUGACUACUGCAGUAGGUGCUUUGUUAGGGACUUAUGUGUCCUUAUUAGUAGAAGGAAUGGGAGAUCUCGCAACAAUGUGGAUUCUUCCAUUCACAGCUGGAGGAUUUAUCUAUAUUGCUACUGUCUCUGUGAUACCAGAAUUAUUAAUUGAUACUAAGUUUUGGCAAUCCGUUAAAGAAAUUAUUGCACUUCUAUUUGGAGUAUAUAUGAUGGUACUUAUAACAGAAUAUGAAUAGAUAUAUUUUACAUAA